UCUUCUACCCCUCAUCAUCAUUCUCACCUAACAACAACUUCAAUACAAUCAAACCAUUCAACCAAAGUACUCAGCUCAUUCAACAAUCCGCACCAUCAAAUUCGACCUUUCCUAGUCAUCCAUCAAAACCUUCAAAAUGCGUUACUCCUUGACUCUCCUCGCCUUUGCUGUGACAGCUUUGGCGCUUCCCACAGCCAAGCCCAACGACGAUGGCUCUUGGGCUCCAGGCAAAUAUGAGGGUGAGGGCACUCCCUUCGACGAUGGAAAGUGGCACCCUAGCACAAACGACCACAAGGCAAAGCGAGAGGACGACGGCUCAUGGCAUCCCGGAAAGUACGAGGGUGAGGGCACUCCUUUCAAUGAUGGAAACUGGCACCCCGGGAAGUAUGAAGGCGAGGGCACCCCGUUCGAUGACGGAAAGUACCACGGCGGCAAGGCUAAGAGAGCCGAUGAUGGAAGCUGGCGUCCUGGCAAGUACGAGGGCGAGGGAACUCCUUUCGACGACGGAAAGUACCAUGGCGGCAAGUACCAUGGAGGCAAGGCCAAGAGAGAGGAUGAUGGUUCGUGGCACCCUGGAAAGUAUGAGGGUGAGGGUACCCCUUUCGACGAUGGUAAAUACCAUGGCGACAAGAGGGAGGAUGACGGUUCGUGGCACCCCGGGAAGUACGAGGGUGAGGGCACUCCCUUCGAUGAUGGCAAGUACCACGGAGACAAGGCUAAGAGGGAGGAUGAUGGCUCGUGGCACCCCGGCAAGUACGAGGGUGAGGGCACUCCUUUCGACGAUGGUAAAUACCAUGGUGACAAGAGGGAGGAUGACGGUUCGUGGCACCCUGGCAAGUACGAGGGUGAGGGCACUCCGUUCAACGAUGGCAAGUACCAUGAAGACAAGUGA